AUGAAGGAGGCUGUGCGCGAGAGAGGCGGCGGGAAUGGUGGAAACGGCCGAAGUGCGGUGGAGAAAGAGCGGACGAAGAUGCGCGAGCGGCAGAGGCGAUCCAUCACCACCAACAUCUUCCACGGCCUCCGCAAGCACGGCGGUUACCGCCUCUCCCCCCGCGCCGACAUCAACGAAGUCCUCCGCCACCUCGCCAGCGAGGCUGGCUGGAUCAUCGAGCCGGACGGUACAACCUACCGCUCCUCCGCCGCCGCCGAUGGACGGAAUCAUGCGUGUCCUCUUUGCGGAGGAGGAAGAAAGAGUACUGGUCCGCCGACGCCAACCGGAAGCUACUUUGCCGGAGGCGGCGGAGGAGACUGCUCGACGACGGCUUCUCCCCACCGUAGCGACUCCGCGGCGAAUAACCACCCCUCGGUCAGCGGCGUACCGUCGCUUUCGCCGUCUGGCGUUAUGGCUACAAACGAUGCACUGCUGGCGAUAUACAUGUGCGGGGCUGUUCAACAAAAUCCCCGGGGCGGCGGCGGCGGCGUGUACGGCGGAGGACAGCAGCUGUACCUGGUGCAUCAGAACAGUGCGUCCAAUCAGAACACGCCAGCUGGAUCACCUUGAUUCCUGGACUCCUCCUUCCUCAUCUUCUGUGAUGAAAUUUACUACCCCUAUAUAUAGUUUUCUACCAGUCUUCGAUCGUAUGCUGAAGAAAACCUACUAAUUUUAACGUCAUUAACUAUAUGAUUUUAUAAUCUUAACAUCAGUAACUAAUCACAUAUUAUAGUUAAUAGUCCAUGCUAUCUUAAUCUAAAAAAAUAAA